AUGGAUGAUAAGGGUAAUAGCCGGAAGGCUUUGAGAUCGUGUGUUAGGUGUAGAAAGAAUAAAAUAAAAUGCGAUUUGCAGGAGAAAAGGCCAGGCUCAUGCACGCCCUGUAGUCGACGAGGAAUCGAAUGUUAUGUUGAUUACGUGGUUCCCCAUCAAAGGUCACAGGAGCUUAUCAAUUUAUUCCAAAAUGUUGAAGAUGUAAAGAGGUCAAUGGGAAAGUUGACGAGCAGCUAUGAGAAAAUCGCCCGGGAACAUGUCCCCUUUUUUUGUAUGGAUAGGCAAGGUUUUUCUCCUUCUGUUGGCAGCAAAGUCUUAAAGCUUGCUGAAGGUGAAUUUAUAAUAAUUGCUUUGAGUGGGGAGGGAUUACGCGUUAACAACUACCUUAUUAAUAGUGAAGACAUUGAAGUUGCUUUGAAGGAUUUUCAGGACGUUGUUGGAACGCUCCUUCAGUUGUACGAAAGACCUGAUUGUGGGAGGAGCUGUGUUAAUGAAACGGUAAUAGACGAAAGUGUGGGGAAAUAUACAGUCGAGAAUCUUUUUCAUUCCGAACAACUCCCUUUUUUGCUUUGUGUUGUGAACUUCUACUUUGAAAUCCCAGGGUUAAAGUACAAUGAACUAUUCGACACUAUCCUUGAAGAUUAUUGUUUCAUGGCUAUCGAGGAUGAGAAAAGUGGUAAGAAUUUUGACCGGAGAACCCUAUCAAAGUUAAUUAUCGGUCAUUCGAGUAGCGACUUUAAUUUUCUAUUCAACGGUGAGAUGUUCAUUAAAAAGUUCACGUUGUAUCUUUUUUACCACAUUGUGAUAUAUGGAGUACGGUACUAUAUGGAUUGCUUCAUGGAGAAGUACAUUCGAACUCUCGAAAAUGUUAGAAAAAAGGUUAACAUCGAAAAGAACUGGGAGGUUAAAUGGGUCAAUUUUUACAUUAAGGUGUUUGGUUUGAUGGAUAACAUGAAAGAAGUAUUGGAGAUUGGUGAAGAAAACGACCCGUUUUUAAAGGUUCUUGAGUAUGAUUCAUUGAUCGUUAAUAGUGACAUUUCCAUUGAUACGCGUUUUCCAGAUGUUUUGAAACAAUGCCAUCAGGAUGUAAAGCCCUUAUUACGAAGGGGCCACAUGAGAAUACCUUUCGUGAAAGAGUUUAUGGCCCAGUUCAUCACUAUGAACUAUUUCGUCGCGAACUUGAAGUUUAAGAAAUGUUUAAAUGAAAUGGAGUCGAUGAAAUACACCGGUUUUAAUACUAAAGUUAUCUCCGAAUUAGGGAGUGAAGCUAAAUGCUUAUGUUGUGAUGUAAACAAAGGAGAAAAUGAAAACAAACUUUAUGCGGAGAGGGGGAGCGCCGAGGAUGUGGUUGUUGAGGAUCCUGAAGAAUGCUCGGCGAAUGGUAAUAUGCGCGCUGGAGUUCGAAAAGUGAGGUACGAAGAAUACGACGUUUAUGAUAUUGUUGCAACUUGCCUCACAAAAGAUGGGUAUAAAGAUAUUCUAAGGCGAAGUUGUUGCGGUUUGGUAAGGGAUAUGUGCGAAAAAGUUAUUAUUGAAGGCAUGAUUAUGAAAUUGUAA